AUGACGGCGAUCUACAUCAAAAACCGCCUGCCAUCACCCAAGAUCGACCACAAGACUCCGUUCGAAAUCGUGUACAAGUCGAAACCGGGUGUCAAGCGUAUGCGCGUGUUCGGAUGUCAAGCGUACAUCCUUACACCAAAGGAGAAGCGACUGAAGUGGUAUACGAAGGCUCGUGAAGGGAUGCUCAUGGCUACGAAGAAGCGUCAAAGGCUUACCGGGUGUACAACAUUGAGGCGGUUCAUUGGUGAUCAGUCGUGA